AUGGAGCAUUUGAAAUCUCCAUUCAGAGGGAUUGCACAUGAUGUUAGAGGAAGAGCAUUGUGCUAUAAACAGGAUUGGAAUGUCGGAAUUCGCUCUGGAAUUGGGAUUUUGGCUCCAACUACAUACAUCUUCUUUGCUUCUGCACUACCUGUCAUUGCAUUUGGGGAGCAACUUAGUAGAGAUACAGAUGGAAGUUUGAGCACAGUUGAAACUUUGACUUCUACUGCUAUAUGUGGUCUCAUACACUCAAUACUUGGUGGACAACCUCUUCUGAUAUUGGGAGUAGCAGAACCUACUGUUAUCAUGUACACUUACUUGUAUAACUUUGCUAAAGGGAGGCAAGAUUUGGGGCAAAAACUGUUCUUGGCAUGGGCUGGAUGGGUAUGCACUUGGACAGCUCUGAUGUUGUUCAUUCUUGCAAUUUUCAAUGCAUGUGUUAUCAUCAAUAGGUUUACAAGGAUUGCAGGGGAAACUUUUGGGAUGUUAAUUUCUGUUCUUUUCAUUCAAGAGGCCAUCAAGGGACUAGUGAGUGAGUUCAAGAUUCCUAAAAAUGAGGAUCCAAAUAAAGUGAAGUAUCAAUUUCAAUGGCUUUACACUAAUGGUAUUCUUGCAGUUGUAUUCUCAUUUGGGCUUUUAUACACUGCAUUAAAAAGCAGGAAAGCAAGGUCAUGGUGGUUUGGAACAGGGCGACUCAGAAGCUUCAUAGCAGACUAUGGAGUCCCAUUGAUGAUUAUAGUGUGGACAGCUGUCUCUUUCAGUGUACCAAACAAACUCCCUUCUGGAGUUCCAAGAAGACUCUUUAGUCCACUGUUAUGGGAAUCUGAAUCAACAUACCAUUGGACUGUUAUCAAGGAUAUGGGUAAAGUUCCUCCUGCAUACAUCUUUGCAGCCUUCAUCCCAGCUCUUAUGAUAGCAGGGCUUUAUUUCUUUGAUCAUAGUGUUGCUGCACAGUUAGCUCAACAGAAAGAAUUCAACCUCAAGAAUCCUUCAGCCUAUCAUUAUGACAUUCUUUUGCUUGGAUUCAUGACGUUGCUUUGUGGAUUAUUAGGACUACCUCCUUCAAACGGUGUAUUGCCUCAAUCACCCAUGCACACUAAAAGCCUAGCAGUUCUCAAAAAACAGUUUAUUAGAAAGAAGCUAGUAGCAAGUGCUAAGGAAAGCAUAAAGCAGAAAGCUAGCAAUUCAGAGAUCUACAACAAGAUGCAAACUGUUUUCAUAGAAAUCGAUAGCUCUCCAAUUACAACUGCGGUAGUUAAAGAACUAAAGGACUUGCAAGAAGCAGUGAUGAAAGUAGAAGAUGGAGAAGAAAACACAAAGGGGAAGUUUGAUCCUGAGGAGCACAUUGAUGCACACUUACCUGUGAGAGUUAAUGAACAAAGGGUCAGCAAUCUACUGCAGUCAAUUCUUUUAGCAGGAUCUAUUUGUGCAAUGCCACUUAUAAAGUUAAUACCAACUUCAGUUCUUUGGGGUUAUUUUGCUUACAUGGCCAUUGAUAGUCUUCCUGGAAACCAGUUUUGGGAAAGGAUCUUGCUUCUCUUUAUCCCCUCUGGCAGAAGAUACAAGGUUCUGGAAAAGGUUCAUGCUUCUUUUAUCGAGUCAGUCCCAUUUAGAAGCAUAGUCAUAUUCACAAUCUUCCAAAUCAUCUAUUUCCUCGUAUGUUAUGGUGUCACAUGGGUCCCUGUAGCUGGCAUUUUGUUCCCAGUUCCUUUCUUCCUUCUCAUCAGCAUAAGACAACACAUUCUACCAAAACUAUUCCAGCUCCAUUAUCUCAGGGAGCUUGAUGCAGCCGAAUAUGAGGAAAUCCUGGGUAGUCCAACACGACCUCCUAGUUUCAAUCUCAGGGAAUCGGAUAGUGGACAUGGUGGGAGUAAUGAAGGUGACGUGGCGAUAUGUGAUGCGGAAAUACUUGAUGAGAUGACUACAAAUAGGGGGGAGCUCAAGGUUCGGAAUCUUAGCUUUAGAGAAGAUAGACGCACCCAGCAAAUUUACCACGGGGACUAUAUCCAGUCUGAGUGA